AUGUAUGCAGCACCAGCAGGACCCCAUGCCAGUCUCUUGGAUGUUGUCAAAAAGCAGGACCACGCCCGGAAGCGUCGCUAUAUGUCGCACGUUAUGGCUAUCCGUAACCUGGAGACUUUGGAAAACAAAGUUACUGAUAAGAACGAAAGGCUACUCAAGCAAUUCGACCAGAUCAGCGAAAAAUCAAAUGAUUCAGGCAACCAAGUCGUCGACUUUCGGAAGUGGACCAACCUAUUCACUCUUGGAGCUAUCAUGGAUAUCGCUUUGAGUCAUCACCUUGGUUGUUCGGGGUGCAGCUACCGGCUCCGCGCUUAUCGCAGACCCGAAGUCGCCUUAUGA